AUGACCGGGGACCUGAUGGUUGAGGUCCUCGGUCCGGACAUGGCCGCCAAAGCGGACACUUUGGCGGCCAAGAUGAAGGACGUCCUCGCGGGGACUGGCGUCAAGGUCCGCCGUCCCUCGCGUCCCGGGAAUGUCCGGGUGCGGGGGAUCGACGGCACGGUCUCCCGCGAGGAAGUGUUGGCGGUACUUGCCCGGGAGGGCGGCUGUCCGGAGGGAGAGAUCAGGCUGGGCGAACUUCGAGCUCUUCCCUCCGGACAGAAGACGGUGUGGGCGCAGUGCCCUAUGUUGGCAGCCAAGCGGCUG